AUGAAGGCAUUUGUGUGUCUUUUGACUUACUUGACUGUGGUCAGUGCUGGCGGCUAUGGAAGAAGUAACGGUGGCGCUGGCUCAGGUGUUGCAUCCUAUGGUGGUGCUGCAACAGGAUGGGCUGGAAAAUCAGCUGGUGGUUUUGGUGGAUCUGCUUGGUCUGGCAGUUUGAGUAGCGCUGGAGCUGGCUGGGCUGGUAAAUCUGUAGGAGGUUUUGGUGGAGCUGGAUCUGGUUGGGAUGGUAAAUCUUCAGGUGGUUAUGCUGGUUCUGGUGGCUAUGGCAGUAGUUCCGGUUGGGCUGGAAAAUCUAGCACAGGCUUUGGCGCAUCUGGUUGGGCUGGCAAAUCUGCAGGAGGAUUUAGCGGAUCUGCUUGGGUUGGUACAUCUUCAGGAAAUCUCGCUGGAUCUGUGAAUUCUGGCUGGACUGGCAAAUCUUCAGCAGGAUUUGGUGGUGUUGGAUCGAGCUGGACUGGUAGUGCUUUAGGCUGGAAUAGAAACUCUGGUAGAGGCUUUGGUAGUUCUGGCUGGGCAGGAAAAUCAGCAGGAGUAUUUAACGGAGUUGGCGCACGUUGGGCUGGACAAUCGACAGGAGGAUUUGGUGCAAAACGUGGAUGGGCUGGAUCUAGUAGCAACAACGGCAAAGCUUCAGCUGGAUGGUGGUAA